AUGUCCGUUAGCAACUCUAACGAAACCUAUCAUGAUGGCACUCAGAUCCCUUACCGUUCAGCGUCGGGUAAAGCUUUCGCGUCUGGCUCUGAUGUGUACGUUGAUCGCGAUUCUAAAAAGAACAUCAACCAAAACAUUCACUGGCCUUUCCGUCCGGGAAUUCCUGCUUAG